ACGAUAUAUAAUUCACGGUUAAGAUUAAUCAUCAUCAGGGCCAGGGGGCAAUGGAACAAAAACUUCAUAAAGGAAAGGAAAGAUAGAUAAAGGUGGAAGAGGUAUGGAAGCACUUCCACUUUAAGCUGAAAGGGACACCUCUCUCUCUCUCUCUCUCUCUCUCUCUCUCUCUAAACUAUAUAUAUAUAUGACAUGUAUAUAUUAAGCGUGCUCUCCCUCUCUAGUCUCUCUUCUCUUUCUUGCUGUGUUUGUCAUUGUGCGUCCAUAUCUAUCUCUCUCACUCUUAAUUUGGUCGUCUCUCUCUCUCUCUCUCUAUAUAUAUAUAUGUAUGUAUAUUGAUCAAACCCUAGGUAGGUGAUAAGUCUCAUCUCACUCUUUCUGUCUCUCCACUUGAAAAUAGUAAUAAUAAUGAUAAUUAUAUCCAUUGGAUAAUUGGAAGAUGAAUGGAGGAUACAUGUGUUGUCCGUACUAUAUAGGCUGAUAGAGUCAUCCAUCCAUCUAUAUAUAUUUAUAUCAAAAAUAUCCAUCCAUAUAUAAUCCAUUCCAAGACAAUCCUGGUACUAUUAGUCAGGAUCUACACUGCAUUAGUACUAUUAUAUACACACUUCUCUUUCGAGAGAGAGAGAGAGAAGUCGAAGACUAGAAAUAAGAAGCAUUCCAAUUUUGUUUGAUUCUUUUUUGUUCUUUUUUUAGGUAAUAUUCUCCCCACAUCAUUUAUAGAUAUAUUUACUAACUAUUUAAGCUUUGUCAUUCAAAUUUGUUGCAGGUCGAUUUAGAAGUAACGAGUUUGAACCCAUAAUCUCAUGGUUACAAUUUCACUCUUCACACUAUCAUCAUGUCAUCCCAUACGAGCCAAAUCAUUCUCUUUGUUUCUUUCACUUAAAUAUGUACUAAGUACUCUAAAUUUACAUAAAGGGUGUGUUUGUUUGGGAGUUUGGAUUUUGGAUUGGGAUUUGAAUAGUAAAAAUUUUGAAUUUGAAUAGUUGUAUGAUGUGAUAUAAAUAGGGUUUGAUGUGAUGUUUUGAAUGUAAAAUUGAUUUUUAGUAUAAUAUAAAAAAUGAAAAAUAAGUGUUUGAUUUGAUGUUUUUGGGGGAAAAAAAUUGGAUGAAUAAUGAAAAUCCUCCAAAAUCCUUCAAACAAACACACCCAAAAUGGAUAUAGAAAGGACCAUUUGGUCUACGCAACUCUAUUUUAACACUAUUCAUCAAAAUUAUGGAUGCAAUAGUACGGUAUCCUAAUCAAGGCUACUAAUUAAGGCAUAUAGCGCGCCACGCUAUGUCCCACUUCAAUAUUUUUAUGUAUUAUUCAUCGUGUUGUUUUGUGGUGUGGUGUUUAUGAUGCUUUGCUUUAAUGUUUUUUUUUUUUUUUUGUUUUCUUUUCCCACAACAUCCUCAAAAUUCAACCUGAUAUGGGGGUGUGUGUUUUAGUUUAUUAUAUAUGGGAAUAAAUGCAUUUUUAGUUUCAUAUGUAACACUUAAUAUUAUUUUGGUCAUUUAAGUAAACUUUGUAUAAAAAUAAUAUUAUAUCUAAUUCUUAAUCGCCGAAAAUAUCUUCUUGUACCAGAAUAUGCAAACACUAACCUCCAGAGUUAAAUAGUAAAUUUUAGUAUAUGUGGGCUUUAGUUAUAUACAAUUAUUUAAACAUAUAUGUACAUUUGUAUAUGUAUUGAUUAAGUUCAUGUAAAAAUACUAUAUAGUUAGUCGUCCAUGUUAGUUCUAGAUGUACCAUGACAGCAUAUAUGAUAGUAAUAUUUUUUUACUAAACACCUUUCCAAAACUACUUUGACUAGAUAAUAAUUAUUUUUGUAUAUAUUUAAUUUAAAUAACUAAAAUGUUAAUAAUAGACAUAUAUUAAUUAAAAAUACAUUUAAUGUCAUUAUUUAUAGCUGUUAAUAAUUCUGGGAUUCCCCAUCAGCCCUUUCGCUUUCGCCUCUACAAAGAUAACACUAUCCCCAUCAGCCCUUUCGCUUUCGCCUCUACAAAGAUAACACUAUCUAUCUGUCUAUCUAUUUCGAAUGUGGAUUCGAUCGAAUACACAAAUUAAUUAGUUUGAAAUAGACAAACACUAUUCAUUUGGCUAUCAUCCAUCCCAUCCCAUCAUUCUUUAAUUAUUCCUUAGUGUUUUUUUAAAUCUACUUCCUCCGUCCCAUAACAAAAUAUUCAUUUUUUCAUUUUAGUCCGUCCCAUAAUAAAAGUAUCCAUUUCAUUUUUUAGUAACUGUACUAUCUGCUAACAUUACAAAUACCCUUACAACUUACAAUAUAUUACACAAAUGUCAUUACAUUUAUACUACAUAUACUAAUAAAGUUAUUUUAGUCAAUUCUACUUUAUUCCUACUAUAUCUCAAUAUAAUACUAAUAUUUCUAAAACUAAGUGCAAAAAGCAAAUGAAUAUUUAGUUUCGGGACGGAGGGAGUAUCAUUUUCGUACUAAUCAUAAUUUCAUCCUUCUAAAUAAUAAUUAAAAAAAUAACAAAUACUAUAUCAUAUCUAACAUUUAUUUUUCAGCUAAAAUUCUGAAGCACAAUAGAUUAAAUAACCUUAUUAUGAUAUACAAUAUUUGUGUAAUAUAUUAUAAAUUGUAAAAGUAUUUGUAAUAUUAAAAUUAGAUAGAUAAUACAAUUACUAUAAAAAGUGAAUAGUUUUAUUACGAUCAAAAUAAAAAGAUGAAUAAUUUGUUAAGGGACGGAGGAAAGUAGAGAGUUAAAUAUUACUUCCCCGUCCCACUUACCGUGUCUAAUUUUUCAUUUCUGUCCCACUUAUUUGGAAAAGUAUUAUACACUUUAAUCUCAUUUUAAAAUUUUUAAUUUAAUUUUUUUAAAAAAAUUAAUUAUACUAAUUAAUUAUCUUAACUUUAAUUUAAAAUUAUUUUUAUUAAAUAAUAAAUAUUUUUACUAAUAUAUUUUUAAUUAUUUAUUAAUUAUACUUCUUUGUUCAUGUAUACGGUUGAAAGGGUCACCAUAUCUCGAAACUGAGGUUAUUUUAUUGUUAAAAAGAAAAAUCUAAAACUCCCAAAACCUAUUUCUAAACGGAGCUUUGGAUUAGGGUUAAAGGAAUUCACUAAUGAGAGAGAGAUAGAGAGACUAGGGUUAAAGGGAUUCACUAAUUAGAGAGAGAGAGAGAGAGUAGGGUUAAAGGGAUUCACUAAUUAGAGAGAGAGAGAGAUUAGGGUUAAAGGGACUCACACGCACAUAUAUAGCCACAAUUCAAAAACAGACAUACACAUGCAGAUGUGCAGUAGAGAAGCAGUAGUAGCCAUAGAAAGAGCAUCAGCAGCAUCAUAUAUAUAAUAUAAUAAUAUAAUAUAUGCAUAUAUGAUUAAUUAAGGGUGUGUUUGUUCCGAAGAUUGAAUUUUAAAUACAUUAUUCAUUUCAUUUUUUCCUUUAAAAUAUCAAAUCAAAUACUUAUUUUUUAUUUUUUAUAUUAUUAAAAAAAAAUUAAUUUUACAUUCAAAACAUCACAUCAUCGCCUGUUUAUAUCGCAUCAUGUUACUAUUCAAAUUCAAAAUUUUUACUAUUUAAAUUCCAACUCAAAAUCCAAUCAAACAUACCCUAAAAGAACCUGUCCCUCUCAACCAAAAGCCUCCCCCAUAUCACCACUCACCCUCCUCACCUAAUACACUCACCAUGAUCAUACCCUCACUACUCACUACUCCCUGACCUCCAUUAGAGAGAGAGAAAGAAAGAGAUAAAAGACUACAGCAGCAGACAGGCAGGAGGAGGAGGAGGAGGAGGAGGAGGAGAGGAGGUACGUACCAUUUGGCAGCAGGAACCCAUUCAUGAUCAAUUGUACCAUUUUCAUAUAUCCAUGUAUGUAUCUAUCUAUCUAUCUAUAUAGAGAUGUAACUUCAAUCCAUCCAUCCAUCUCCCCCUAGCUAACAACAGUCCCAAUCACAACCCCCCCAAUUUCAAUAUCAUAAAAUGCAGCACCAAAUUCAGCAGCAGCAGCAUCCCCUCAACACCACCAUUUGUAAUUGUACCUCCUCCAAUCACCACCACCACCACCACCACUACCCUACUACUAGUAAUAGUGAUAGUCCUAAUAACCUCAAUCCCUUUCCUGCUGCUGCUGCUGCUUUCUUUCCCUCAUCAGAUUACGACAUCUGUAGUUCUUAUAGCCCUAACCAGCAGCAGCUGCUGCUGCACAAUUUCGACUAUAUAAAUCACUUCCCAGAUGAUUCCGUUUCCCCCCCCACCUGCAGAGAAUUCUCCGAUUUCCAAAUCUUUGACCACUUUUACCAACACAACACCUUCAAUUCCACUACCAAUUCGCAGUUUCUUAAUGAAAUUAGUGUUAUCCACCCCCAAACACCCCCAAACUACGCUCAAAUGCCUCUAGAAAUUAGUGCGGAAAAUAACGAUCAUAAUGAUAAUGAUAAUCAUGCUACUAAUGCGAUGAUGAUGAUGAUGAUGGCGAGUAAUUACUGUGAGGAACUUACCGGAAAGGCGUCAACGACGACGACGAAGAAGAAGAAGAGGAGCUCCAAAAAGGACAGGCACAGCAAGAUCCACACCGCGAAAGGACUCCGCGAUCGACGGAUGAGAUUGUCUCUCGAAGUCGCGAGAAAAUUCUUCCGACUCCAGGACCUCCUCGGCUUCGACAAGGCCAGCCGCACCGUCGAUUGGCUCCUCAAAAACUCCGACACCGCCAUUCGUGACCUCGCCGGAGAAUCCGCCGCCGAUCUGAAAGGUGCGGCGGCGAAUAACAGCUCUUCCUCCACCUCCGACGAGCCUGCGAUAGUAGAAACACCGAAAAUGCCCUCCUCGGGGAAGAAGAAGAGCAGGAAGGGAGUUAGGUGCAGGGAAUCACCAUCAUCGUCGAGAGCGACCGUAGGGAGAGAGUCAAGGAGAAUGGCGAGAGAGAGAGCUAGAGAGAGAACAAGUCAAAAAAAACGGCUAAUGUGCCAAAGUAACCGUACCCAAAACCCCAACCCAAAGCUGCCAUGGAAUCCAUGCCCGCCUCCCUGCGGUUCCCUACAGUGACACCUUCACACUAUAUGGAACCAUACUUGAGAAUUGAGAUUUGCUACAAACCAUGAGAAGCCUGCAACAUUCUGAACAUAUAUAUAUAUAUAUAUAUAUAUAAUUAUUUAAUAU